AUGUACGUCGUGAAUCUCAUCCUGGACGACCUGAAUCCCGACCUGCCUAGUGCUCCGCUAGUUUUCCGUGCCGAUACCGAUGCCGGUGUCUGGCACCGGAGGAUGGGACAUUGCAAUGCGCGCGCCCUGAAGCAGCUCUCGGAUAAGGAAGGCACCGGCAUCAAGUUCACCACCAACAUUCGACCAGCCGACUACAACGGUAGGUUCUUAGCAAUGUGUCGGUCCUUCGGGAUUGCUGUGGAGACAAGCCCCCCGUACGUCCCUCAAGGGAAUGCUGUCGCCGAACGCGGUUUCGGGACUGUCAUCGGCGCAGCACGUAGCCUCAUGCUUGGAGCUCCGCACCUGCCGCAUCAACUGUGGGCGGAAGCCGUGAAGGCCGCCAUUUACAUCACGAACCGCACACCUACUGACGUCCUGGACGGCAAAGCACCACUUGAGGUUUGGGAGGACAAACCACUCGGCAGCUUGAAGCACAUGCAUGAGUGGGGGUCUGUAACGUUUACACAUUUAGAAGCUCGCUCGCGAAACGAUAAAUUUUCUGCCAGGGCGAGGAAGUAUUACAUGGUGGCAUACAAUACAACCAGCAAGACGUGGCGGCUAUGGGACCCGGCGGAACCACUCAAAAUUUCAAACUCUGCUGAAGUGUCAUUCCGCGAGGUAGAUGCCCGCGACGUCGCUCGCCCCAUGCACGGGUCUGACCCAUUUCCCGAACAAGGCCAGAUUUUCCAGCCCGGCAUUAUCACUGGGGCCGAGACAAGAGACGAGGAAGCAGAACCGGCAGACACGAGCGACGGACCGGACGAAGAACCGCCCGCGGUGCGCAAAAGCGGUCGCACGACAAAGUCGCGGAACCGUCUGAACCUGUUUGCGACGGAGCAGGUGUUCGAAACAGAAUACGCACUGGUGAUCGGAGGUGAGAUCGGGAACCUUGGUCAAGGGAUGCCUGGCCAACUAGGAUACAUGCCCGCCGAUCUACCGAACUACCGCGCAGCGGUCAACGGAUCAGAUGCCGUUGGAUGGAUGAAAAGCAUGGAGGAGGAGAAUCGCUCCUUACUAGACCACGACGUUUAUGAGUGGGUCGAUUCCCCGCGCGAUGCUCAAAUCAUCCCGUCAAAAUACAUCUACAAAUGGGCACCGGUAGCGACGGCGUUCCUCCACGCGAGGAUGGAACGGAGAUCGAAACCAGUGUACGUCAUUCCCCCGGAAGGAUUCUCGUGCGACAGCGAGAGAGCCAGGCAAGUCUGGAAGCUCAGAUCGUGGCUUUACGGGUUGCGUUUUUCCCCAAAAGGCUGGUGGGGCACUCUGCACGAUUUUUUCCUGAAGAUCGGAUUUGUUGAGAGCACCGCUGAACCGUGCUUGUUCAUCCUGAAAGACGGAGAUGUGCUCCUUCUCGUUUAUGUGGAUGACAUCCUGCUGACCGGGGAGGGCGAGAACAAAGUGCUGAGCAUAGUAGAUCAGCGGAAUGAGCGUUUAGAAACGGUGGACCUGGGAGGAGCCAGGUUCCUGCUCGGUAUGGGAAUCAACCGAGACAGAGCCGCAGGGACAAUUCUUUUGGAACAGGAAGCGUACACCAACGCAGUGUUGGACAAGUUCGGCAUGGCCGACGCGCGUCCGACGACAUCUCCGUCUGAGGCUGGACCGGUGUCCGUCUUGGAGGACGAGGUGUUGUCAGCGGAGGAUACCACAUAUUUCCGCUCCGCCACAGGCUCGCUUUUAUAUCUCAGCAGGUGCACAAGGCCCGACAUUACUCACUCCGUGAUGGUUCUGACGCGGUGUAUGGCGAAACCAGGUCCGAGGGCGAUGCAGAAACUCAAACGCGUGCUCAGGUACCUGAAAGGGACGAUAUCAAUCGGUGUACGCCACGGCGAGGAUGCCGAAGAUGGAAACGUCAUUACGGCGUUUGUCGACUCAGAUUUUGCAGGCGACCUAGACAAGGGCUACUCCACCACGGGAGUCGUCCUGUACUUCGCUGGUGGACCGGUGGAAUGGACAUCAUCCAAGCAAACGGUGGUGGCGACCUCUUCCGUUGAAGCAGAGUUCGUGGCUUUGUCGAAGGGGUGCAACAUCAUCAAGUACUUCCGCCACCUGCUGGACACCAUAAAUCAGACUCAGGAAGAAGCAACCGUGGUGUGGAAGGACAACUCGGGAGCUCUGAAAUGA